AUGGCCCACACAAAGUUGUGGGUGCUCCUAGUAUUAUAUGUAGGCGCUCUGCAGUACUUGCCUGCCCGAACAGAAGAAGCGAAACCUGAAGGUGAAGAAGAAUGUAGGUUGCUUGGGAAAUUUGAUUUACGGGGCUAUGUAGAAGCUGAACACACAGAUCAUGUUAUAGGAGGGAUGUUUCCAAUGCACUUCAGGACCAUACUGGAAGAAGACCCCACUAGUACACCACCAAUGUCGCCACAGUGUGAGGGAUUUAAUUUUCGGGGUUACCGCUGGGUCAAAGCCAUGAUACUUGCCAUACGCCAUAUUAACAAAGACCCUGACAUUCUACCAAACAUUACUCUGGGCUACCAGAUCUAUGACACGUGCUAUACAAUGUCCAAAACAGUUGAGAACUCUUUGGCAUUCCUCACCGGGCAGAAUGAAACAACCCCUGUCUUCCGAUGCAGCAGUGGAGCUCCUCUUGCGGCAGUUGUCGGAGCUGGUGGGUCAACCCUCUCCAUUGCCUCCUCAAGAAUCCUUGGACUUUAUUAUUUCCCUCAGGUUGGCUACGCCUCAUCUUCCUUACUUCUCUCUGACAAGUAUCAGUUCCCUACCUAUCUCCGUACCAUCCCAAGUGAUAAUGUGCAAUCUCAAGGAAUGGCAAUCUUAGUUAAACAUUUUGGUUGGAAAUGGGUGGGAACAAUUGCAGCAGAUGAUGAUUAUGGCAAAUAUGGUGUAAAAGCAUUUAAAGAGAAGAUUGAAAAGAUAACCAGAAGUGGAGAGAUCUGCAUCGCUUUCUCAGAAACAAUUCCAAAAAUCUACUCCAGGACAAAAAUACAAAAAGUAGUUGAAACUGUAAAAGACACCAAUGCCACAGUCAUUGUGGUCUACUCUUCUGAUAUUGACUUUCAUCCUUUAGUGGAAGAGUUUAUGAUUAGCAAUAUCUCUAGCAAAACUUGGAUAGCAAGUGAGGCCUGGGUUACAUCAGCAUUAAUUGCGAGGCCUGAAUACUUUCCUCUCCUUGGUGGGGCAAUUGGCUUUGGUGUACGAAGAGGUCACAUCCCGGGGCUCAAAGAAUUUCUCCUGGACAUACACCCUGGCAGAGAUCCUAAUGAUGAUCUAGCCAUUGAAUUUUGGCAGUCUGCCUUCAACUGCACUUGGCCUAAUGCCAGCAUACCAUAUAACACAGACAACAGGAAAAAUGUAACUGGUCACGAGAACAGAGUUAAUUUUACCUCCGACCACUUCUGCACUGGGGAAGAGAAUCUUGAAGAACUUAACAAUACCUACCUGGAUGUUUCAGAACUUAGGAUAACAUAUAACGUCUAUAAAGCUGUCUACGCUGUUGCUCAUGGUCUUCAUCAAUUAGAUCUCUGUACGGAAGAUGGCGGACCAUUUACUGGCACCAGUAGUCGCUGUGCCUCAAUAGAUGAAUUUGAACCCUGGCAGUUAAUGUACUACAUGAAGAAUAAGAUGGAAUUCACAGUGCUUAAUGAAACCGUACACAUAGAUGAAAAAGGAGAUGUGUAUACCCCCUAUGAUAUUCUGAACUGGCAGAUGAAUGGCACAAAUGAUAUUGCCUUUGUAAAUGUUGGAAAGUUUAACAGCUCUGGGGCAGAGGAUUAUGAGUUUAUGGUAUAUAAUGAUUCUAUCUUCUGGAACAAUCCAGCAGCAGCAAAUCCACGUUCCACCUGUAAUGACAACUGCCAACCAGGUUUUCGAAAGGGGAUCCAGCAAGGAAAGCCCUCCUGCUGUUAUGAUUGCAUAAAAUGUGCAGAAGGACAGUUCAGUAAUGUAACAGAUGCAAGGGAAUGUAACCCAUGUCCGGAGGAUUACUGGUCCAAUGCCGACAGAAGUGGAUGCUUACAUAAAGAGGUGGAAUUUCUGGCUUAUGAAGAAGCCUUAGGAACUACAUUGAUCGUACUAGCUGUAUUUGGCGCAUGCGUCGUCCUGUCAGUGACCGGUGUCUACAUAAAACACAGGAACACUGCUCUUGUGAAAGCCAAUGAUCGAGAGCUGAGCUUCCUCAUUCAAUUUUCCCUUGUCAUAACCUUAAUGACGUCGAUCCUCUUUAUUGGAAAGCCGGUUGACUGGUCGUGUCAGUCCCGCCAGGUGUCCCUGGCUCUGGGCUUUUCUCUUUGCCUUUCCUGUGUCUUAGGAAAGACUGUUAUGCUUCUCCUGACUCACCUGGCCAAAAAUUCAAAAGUUGCUGAGAAAGCUCGAAUGGUUUUCCUGCCAAUUUUCCAAAAAAUCAUUGUUCUCCUCUCUGUACUAACCGAAGUGGGCAUUUGCACUGCCUACCUCAUCCUUAGGCCACCCCGUAUGAAUAAAAACACCCAGUUCCUAAAUGUGAAAAUCAUUUUUGAAUGCGAUGAGGGCUCUAUAAUCUUCUUGUGCGUGAUGUUUGGGUUUGAUGUGUUUCUAGCCAUACAAUGCUUUCUCACUGCCUUCAUAGCCCGCAAGCUUCCCAACAACUUCAAUGAAGCCAAGUUUGUGACCUUUGGGAUGCUGGUCUUCUUCAUCGUCUGGAUUUCCUUUGUUCCGGCUUACUUAAGUACAAGAGGGAAGUUCAAAGUGGCCGUGGAGAUAUUUGCAAUUCUGGCUUCCAGCUUUGGCUUGUUAGGGUGCAUAUUUGUGCCAAAAUGUUACAUCAUUUUAUUGAAACCUUUGAGGAACACAGAAGAAAUAGUGCACGGCAAAGCUGCCACCAAUGACAAGAGCGCACCACCAACCUCAGCAUCCUGCACCAGUGAAGUUAACAACACUACUGUCUCCACAGUUCUGGAGGAUUAG